AUGGAAAAACUAAAUAUUAAUAACACGAAGAAAAAGAAAAACCAAGUGUUGCUUGAAGGCUAUGUGGAGGCUGCUAAUGAGGACGAUUUGACUAGGACCAAAAGCUUGAUGGGUGGGGAUCUGGAUGAACUCAGAGGCUGCUUGGAUCUUGGUUUUGGGUUCUCCUACGAUGAAAUUUCUAAGCUCUGUAACACCUUGUCUGUGCUAGAGCUCUACUAUUACAUGAGACAGAAGUUUAUGGAUGAGCACCAGAUGUCUCCGGAGAGUUCUCAGUCGCCGGCCACGGACUCGUGCUCGUCCAUGUCGAGUCCGAUUGCCAACAAGAGGAUCUCUAGUCCUAGUGAGUGA